AUGUUGGCGACGAAAGCUCAUGUGCAACCGGUACAAGAGCGCAGCUUCUGGCUCCCGCCCAGGUCCCUCGAGGUCCCUCUUUGGUCAUUCAGCCCAAGAUAA